CUUUGUAUGGGAGUGCCUCACUGUUCAGACCAACAUUUGAUUGAACUUUCCACCAAGUAAAGAGCGACACCUUGCGCCUAAAACUUCCAUCUCCAAAAUCUGAACCAUGGAGGAACACAAGGACUAAAAGCCAUAAGGUCGACCUUGGGCGGCCACUCUCCGGAGUAAAAUCUCCUUUGCUGCGAGUAAGACCAGAUCCCACUACGCUGAGGUACACCAGCGUGGGCUUGCCGGCAUGCACGAGCCCUCGGUGAGCGGCGCCAAGCACCGCAGCGUCGUGUACAGCAGCAACGUUAGCACUAACAGGCUGGACACCACGCAGAUGGCGAUGAUCAGGUACACGUUGACAUCCACCAGCGCUGCCUCCCGGACCUCGACGCCCGCCAACGCCCGCGAUGAGACCUUCCUGGCCUGGCUGCUCUCCGCCAGCGACGCCACCACGGUGACCUUGGCAGUCAGCGCCAGCUCGCGGUGGUCCUUCACCAGCACCAGCAGGCGGUGGCGCGUAGCUUUCGCCUGGUCCAGGGUACUCGUCUUGCUAAUCUCGCCCGUGCAGAGCCCCACGUGGAACGGGUGCUGCCAGCUGACAGAUGCAGCUGUUGCGACAACCAGACGUCAUAGCUGGAGUCCACCGUGCGCACCUUCGCCACCAAGUGGCCUGCAUCCACUGAAUGCCGCACCAGCUCACUCACAGCGCCGCCAGCCCACCCAAGGCACCAGCGGCGCCGACAAAGUUGCCUUUCCAGCACUAAUACGCAGCGUCACGUUGCUGCUCAGAGGCUGCAUGCCCGCGUCGCGCGCGCCCACCUAGAACUGCAGCAGCUCCAGCUC